AACAGAAUACUUUUUUUUAAAGAUGAAAUUAAUACCUACAAAACAACAAAAGAAAAAUACUAAAAUAUCCUCCUGGAUCUGGAUCCGGUCGCUGCUAUGGUAUAUGUCCUGGAGGAUAACGCAAGUUUGACCCGUAUGAAAGAACAAGAUAAUGGCCUUAGAAUCUCACUCUCAGAUUUUAGUGGAAGAGAAACCUAGUGUUAGAAUCUUGACACUAAACAGACCAAAGCAGCUGAAUGCUCUGUCUUUGAACAUGGUCACUCGGUUGCUGCAACUGUUUCUUGCAUUUGAGGUGGACUCUACUGUCAAACUUGUCAUCCUAAAGGGUCAGGGAAGAGCUUUUUGUGCCGGUGGUGAUGUUUCAGCUGUUGUUCGUGACAUCGGACUAGGCAAAUGGAGACGCAGUGCUGAUUUCAUGUCACUUGAAUAUACUCUCAACUACGUUAUGGCCACAUAUUGUAAAGCUCAGAUUUCAAUUUUAAAUGGUAUUGUCAUGGGAGGUGGAGCUGGUGUCUGCGUCCACGGUCGAUUUCGUAUUGCAACAGAGAACACGGUUUUUGCCAUGCCUGAGACAGCUCUAGGGCUAUUUCCAGAUGUAGGCGCCUCCUACUUCUUGUCAAGGCUCUCUGGAUUUUUUGGAGAGUAUGUUGGCCUCACAGGAGCUAGGUUAAAUGGUGCCGAAAUGCUUGCUUGUGGUCUUGCAACUCAUUUUGUGCCUUCAACGAGGUUGACUGCUUUACAAGCAGAUCUUUGCAAUGUUGGCUCAAGUGAUCCAGUUACCUUUGCCUCAACAAUUCUCGAUGCAUACACUCAACAUACACAUCCGGAACGUCAGAGUGCUUUCUGUAGGUUAGAUGUUAUUAAUAGGUGCUUCUCCAGAAGAACAAUCGAAGAAAUUAUGUCUACACUAGAGAUAGAGGCCACUCAUAAACCAGAUGACUGGAUCUCAGCUACCAUUGGAGCACUGAAGAAAGCUUCACCAGCAAGCCUUAAAAUCACUCUUAGAUCGAUAAGAGAAGGACGAGUGCAAGGUGUGGGGCAGUGUCUUAUCCGUGAGAAUAGAAUGGUGUCUCAUGUGAUGAAGGGAGAUAUAAGCAAAGAUUUUGUGGAGGGGUGUAGAGCAAUAUUGAUAGACAAAGAUAGGAAUCCAAAGUGGGAGCCAAGGAGACUAGAGGAUAUGAAGGAUAUCAUGGUAGAGCAGUACUUCAAGAGAGUGGAAGAAGAGGAUGGAUGGGAGGAUCUAAAGCUUCCUCCUAGGAAACACUUGCCUGCUUCAGCGAUCGCAAAGCUGUAAAGUUGACAAGGUUAUGGAGCUCAUCUUGCAUCGGAUAGAGGGAAGCAACCCUCCAAAUCCUUAAUUACUUCUAUGCUGCUAGCCAUGCUUGACACCCAAUAUAUAAUAAAUGCCUAUUGACUCAUCCAAUUCCAAAUGUCUUCGGUUUCAUAUU